AUGCUGUGCCAGCCCUACCUACACUGUCAUCACCUCCUGCUGCUGCUGGUCAUGCCUCAUAUCCUGGCCAGUCCUGUUUCCAGUCCAGAGAUAGCCAGCAAGGGGGCCAAGUCACCGAAUAGUGUGCAACAGCAGCAGCAGCAACAACAGCUGCAACAGGAGGCUCACCUGAACUCGCUGAGUGCCUAUGCCAGCAGUGGCUAUGACAUGAACGCCCAGAACCAACUGCAGCAGGAUGCUGUUGGCUCCUUCAAGCCCUCCUACAAAAUGCCCGAAAUGGAGACCAAUUUCACGCCCAUGCAAACUCCCGGAACACCGAGUGUGGCCAGUCUACCCUCCACACCCAUGCUGAUGCAGUAUCUGCCCGCCCAAACCCUUCAAGAUGGCAGUGGCAAUGCCGUGCAGUAUCUACAGCUGAUCCCCACCAGACCCAUUAUAGUGCCCAUAUCGCCGUAUCUUUCUGCUGCUGCAGCAGCAGCAACUGGUUCGGGAAAUCCAAAUCUCUCGGCCGGCGGACAGCCAGACUUUGGCGGCCGGACAGCUGCUGUGCUGAGUGCUCUGCCGCCGAAUUAUGGUGCCAUUCAGGGUUAUGCCACAGCCCUGAGUCCCGCCCUGAGUCCCGCCUUUCGGAGUAACUAUCGAAUCAAUAGGGAGGCCAAGGAUAAGCACUUUCCGCCAGCCUUUUCGCUCAAUCUGAAUGAGUAUCUGCCGGGUAGCUCCAUGGGCUUGGGCCACGAUGCCAUCAACAAUGGACCGCAUUUGUAUCUGAGGGCCAGGUCCUAG